AUGGCGGAGGAGCAGCAGCAGCAGAGGUGGCAGGAGGGCCACCGCCUGUGCGCCAACAACUGCGGCUUCUUCGGCAGCCCCGCGACGCUGGACCUCUGCUCCAAGUGCUACCGCGAUCUGUACCAGCAGCCAGCAGGCGCGGCGCCGGGCCCCUCCGCUCCUGCCGCGUCGGCCGUCCAGCCUUCCUCCUCGGCGGUCGCCGGCGCGGCCGCCGUCUCUCCCGAGCCCGAGCCUCCGGCGGCGACGGCGGCCUCUGCUGCGGGCGCCAAGGCCGGCAGGUGCGCCAGCUGCCGGAAGCGCGUGGGCCUGACGGGGUUCGCGUGCCGCUGCGGCGCCACCUUCUGCGGCGUGCACCGGUACCCAGAGCGUCACGCGUGCGCCUUCGACUUCCGCGCCGCCGGCCGCGACGCCAUCGCGCGCGCCAACCCCGUCGUCAAGGGCGACAAGCUCAAGGACAAGAUCUGA